CGCUCUCCUCGAUGGCCUUUCGAAAUCCUUUCAAACUACCAAUUGGAGACCUCCUACAUCGAGGUUUCAUCUAUUCCCUGGCAGGGGUUACAGUAUGGGGAGCCAUCAUGAUUGGCAUGGUGCACCGAGAUACACUGAAAAGAGGACAAGAGGCUCUUGCUGUAAAGCAAGCUCAAGAGCGUGAGGCAAUAGAAUCGGCGGACGUACUGCAAGAGAAGGCCUUGGCUGAACAAGUGCAAGACGCGUUGCAGGGUCGCAAAUUCACCUGAUCUGCGUUGGCUUAUCCUCUACUCACCAUGCCGGACGUCCAUUCAGUCGUGCUAAUCGUACGAUUUGUCAUCUGGCC